AUGGUCACUGAACAUCCGUCUUCUCUAAGUGAAAGACAAGAUCUUUCCGUAGAAGGAUCUUUUGACAUCAGCGAUACCACUGUUGCCAGUGAAACAUCAAUUUGCGAAAAGAUGGAAUCUCUGGCCAUUUAUUCGGACGAAAAGAGUUUAUACUGUCCAGACAAUAGCAGUACUAGUGCGAGCGAAGACUCCGCCUCGGUCAGUUGUAAUGCGGCUGUGGAUCUCAGUAUUCGCCGAAAUGCACUUAACGAAUUCCUUACGGUUUCUGGAAUCAAUUGUAUACCAGUGUCUCGAAAGCCUUUUAGUCAGUUAACGAAACGUUCACAGAAUACUCAUGUCUCCAUAGCAACUGAGUCUAUUAUAGCUUUACUUGAUGUAAUUGCGCCUGGUGAUGAGGACUUUAUGGGAGCGACCAAGAGGCUAAGCUGGUUGAAAAAAACUUGA